CACCCUUGAACUCGACGUCCUCAGAUUUUGGAACCCAAACAUAACCUGCUCUACUCUCUCCGUCCAUAUGGAUAGAUAAAGACUGCUAGUUUGGCUUCCCUCAGAACCAGAGAUUUCAAUUCAGAAGCAAGCCUUCUCCCAGCACUUCUCCCAAUGGAUUUGAGGAGGAAAAAAGGGACCAAGGAAAAAGAAAAAAGACUUACCUCUUCACACCUUUAGUUUUUCAGGAACUUCUGCAAGUGAGGAUUCAUAAAUGUAACCUAUGUGAUUUGUUGGGGUUGUUUUGGAUAUAGAAGUUGAUGAUCAUAGUAGAAGUGUUUGUUGAAAAAUCUGUUUUUUCUACUUUCCGUUCGGGGUUGGGAAUCAAGUUUCUCAAAUGUGGAGGUGGGAAUCCAAAUCCGGAGACACAAUAUUUGACCUUGUUCGCUGGGGUUUUUUCUUGUGAAAGACUGAAAAUCCAGCAAUCCAGUCAAAGAAACAAAAAAAAAAGUUCGACCCGUUUGCUUACUUUUGACUAUAUCUUUAUCUCCUGAUAUUCUAAUUUCUAUAGUUAGAAUUUUUUGAAGUAAGCAUGUUUCCAUAGAAAGUGUGAACUGUCUUAGAAAAGUAACCCUCUUGGUGCCCUGUGGCCCAUAGUUUUGUUGACUUCGACAGUACUUCAAAGUCUUUGCUUGAGAUUCUUUUAGUAUAUUGAGAGCAUAGGCGCCCACCCACACACUCUUAUCUCAUAAUUAUCGGUGCAUAGUCAAAGAAUCAUAUGUGCCUUGUAUUUUUAUAUAGGAUCAGGCCAUCAUCAUUUAGAUACUAUCUUUUGAGCAGCUUGUGCUGCUUGACUACUCUUCUGGAUUAGGGUUGUAUGCAUGGGUCAAUUCUCAAAUCCGCAAAGGCACACUGUUCUUCCGGGUAAUGAAUAGAUUUGUGGAUUAUCAGUUUCAGCACAUCCUCAAGUUCUGUGUUCUUCGGCCUCUGAGCCAAUCAUCAAACAUUUGAGUAAACUAAGCAAAUACCAACCUCCACGAAUCCAUGGCAGAAGAAGAUAAUUAUACAAAAGAUGGGACAACCAUGGCAGAAGAAGAUAAUUAUACAAAAGAUGGGACAAUAAAUUACCAGGGAAAUCCCGCCAACAAGAAGAAAACUGGAACUUGGACAGCCUGCCCUUAUAUCCUGGGAAAUGAAUUCUGUGAAAGAUUGGCAUACUAUGGGAUGAGCUCCAAUCUGGUGCUUUAUUUCAAGUAUAAACUCCACCAGGAUAGCGCCACAGCUUCUAAAAAUGUGUUGAAUUGGUCUGGAACCUGCUACCUCACACCAUUCAUCGGAGCAUUUCUGGCUGAUGCCUACUUAGGACGAUACUGGACAAUUGCCAGUUUCUCAAUUAUCUACGUCAUUGGGAUGACUCUGUUGACAGUUACAGCAUCAGUUCCUGGACUAAAGCCGAACUGUUCUCCCAGUGGAGUUUGUGACCCAACAGAGACACAAACUGCAGUGUGCUUUUUGGCACUUUACCUUGUAGCUCUAGGCACCGGAGGAAUUAAGCCUUGUGUCUCAUCUUACGGAGCAGACCAGUUUGAUGAUACUGAUGAGCAUGAAAAGACGCACAAAAGCUCUUUUUUCAAUUGGUUCUAUCUUUCAAUCAAUGUUGGCGCUCUCAUUGCUGGUUCUAUCCUGGUCUGGAUACAAGAAAAUAUUGGCUGGGGAGUGGGUUUUGGCAUCCCUGCAGCAGCAAUGGCCAUUGCUGUAGUCAGUUUCUUUUCGGGCACUCGGUUGUACAGGAACCAGAAGCCUGGCGGCAGCCCCUUGACGCGAAUGUCUCAGGUGGUGGUGGCAUCCUUGAAGAAAUAUAGAGUCCAAGUGCCUGCUGACAAGUCUCUUUUGUAUGAGAUUGCAGAUGGAGAGUCUGGCAUCCAAGGAAGCCGAAAGCUUGAUCACACAAAAGAUUUAAGUUUCUUUGACAAGGCAGCAGUGGAGAUACAAUCAGAUCAUAUAAAGGACUCACCAGACCCAUGGAAGAUUUGUACAGUCACCCAAGUUGAGGAGCUCAAAGCUAUCAUCCGCUUGCUUCCUGUAUGGGCCACUGGCAUCAUCUUCUCCGCUGUGUACAGUCAGAUGGGCUCAUUGUUUGUGGUGCAAGGCGAGUCCAUGGAUCCCCACAUGGGUAGACACUUUGAGAUCCCGUCAGCAUCAUUAUCAAUCUUCGACACCAUCAGUGUCAUUUUCUGGGUGCCCAUUUACGAUCGAAUCAUCGUCCCGGUAGCCAGAAAAUUCACAGGCCACAGCAAUGGAAUCACGCAGCUCCAGCGCAUGGGCAUCGGCCUCUUCAUAUCCAUUUUUGCUAUGCUCUCUGCAGGCAUCUUGGAGGUAGUUAGGCUCGGCAUAGUUAAAAGACACAACUACUAUGAUCAUGAUAGAAUUCCCUUGUCCAUCUUUUAUCAAGUUCCGCAGUACUUCAUCAUAGGAUGUGCGGAAGUCUUCACAUUCAUUGGGCAGCUAGAGUUCUUCUAUGAGCAGGCUCCGGACGCCAUGAGGAGCUUCUGCUCGGCCCUCUCGCUCGCCACUGUGGCCCUUGGAAAUUACUUGAGCUCACUGCUUGUGACCAUAGUUACAGAUGUGAGUACUAGAGGUGGGAAGCUUGGAUGGAUACCAGACAAUUUGAAUCGUGGUCACCUCCAUUACUUCUUCUUCCUCUUGGCCAUCCUCAGUGUUCUGAACUUGGUAGCUUUUCUCUUCGUGGCCAAGUGGUACACGUAUAAGAGGGCGGUGGGGACUCUCCGCUAAUUGAGAGUAUAUAGCAGUGGUUUCAGCUUCUACCAUUUGUGGUGGUUCCAAGAAGCUGUAAAUUUGGUAUGCUGCAAUAAUGGCGUCUCCUCAUAUCUAGGAAUGCAGUACAGCAAAUGCAAUACAGUUAGAGGUGAAAAAGAUGGAGUCUUUGUAUUUUGUGUUCUUGAAUAAUGUAACAGAGAAUCAAAUUGGGUGAAAUGAAAGUGAACGAAAGUUUGGUGGAA